AUGCGUCACCAUGAUGUGAGGGAAGUGAGAAAAGCUGCAAAAAAGGCAAAGACCUUCGAGACGCAAAAGCUGUUGAAGAAACUGAAAGAUCUCAGACGCAAAGCAGAAAAACCAAACGAAAUAACCGAUGCCGAAGCUCAGUUAGAUGCUAUUAAGCACAUCACCCUUGACGUCAUCGCAGAUACGGCACUCAGGACUAAAAUGAACAAGGAUCAUAUAUUAUCGACUAACGAAGACCUACAACAUGCGCUAUCCAUGGAGUUAUUGCCGAGUCCUAUCGCGUCUGCUGCCGCAGGGUCACAUCUAGCCAAAGUGCAAAGCCGACUCCUCAGUUCCAAAGUUCUUGCCUCAGAGAUAUCCAUAGUGAUUGGAGGUAUCAAGGCAACAAUAAAUCCUGCUUUCGCUGCAGCUCAAGAUGCAGCAAGUGAAGGAGAGUCCGAUGCAGACGUUCCGGCAGUUCCCAGGAAAACCAAACGGGUAUCUGCGGAUAAAAGUACACACGGACAUAGCAUGAGUGUUCCAGAAAAGAAUGAAGAAGACGGCGGUAAUGCCGAAGAAGAUGAAAACAUUCUCGACGAUGGUUGGGAGUCAGGUACCAUCAGUGGGGGCGAUCAAGCUUCGGAGGACGAAUGGGAGUCUGGUUCAGUGGACGAUGUACACCACGGCACGAAAGAAGACGGUGACUACUCUUCUGGCAGUGAGGGAAAUCUCGCGGCACCGAGCAGUCCACCUUUGCCUAACGAGUCCAAGCCACAUCAAGGCAAGGCAAAAACUGUCGGCUCUCAGUCCACAUUUCUUCCAUCUCUUGCUGUCGGAUUUGCUCGCGGUGAUUCAGAUUCAGAUUGGAGCGAAAGUGAGGCAAAGGAUGCGGACGGUAUCAAAAAGAACCGGCGUGGGCAGCGGGCUAGAAGAGCAAUUUGGGAGAAGAAGUUUGGGAAGAAUGCUAAUCACGUGAAGAGGUACCAGGACGAUCCGUCAAGGCGUGAGCGCCCUACGGAACGGCGACGGGGGAGCCAACCUUUGGGUCAACGCAAUUCGGACCGUCCUCGAAAGCGUGACACUUCAAAUCAGCAACAUCAGCAACCACCUGAUGCAGGUUGGAACAGGCGAGAGCCAAGCAAUUCACAUACGAAGAGUAUUGUGGGGACACGCUCGACAAUAGUGUCAAGUGCCGGAAGUUCUCAGCGGAACGACCGCCACGACGAGCGACCUCUACAUCCCUCAUGGGAAGCUAAGAAAAAACAAAAAACUGCUGGCAUUGUACCUUCACAAGGCAAAAAGAUUGUUUUCUCAUCGUAAUUCUUAGAUGCAUAGGAUGCACAUAUGUAGUCAAUGUAUCAUGAUCGUCAUAUUUUCGCGACAUUUUGGGCUCCGUCUAUCCAAAGAGAAAAUAAUACUUCGUGAAAGAGAACAAGAUAGAGGAAAAUAGAGGAAGAGUUCACAACAAAAGGAGGAGUUUUAAGUAGCCAAGGAAGAGUAUAUGACUUACGGAAACAUGCAAAAACAAUAUGGAUACAGGAAGUCAGGAUAGAAUGAUACUUUUUGAAUAAUUUGACUAUACUCUCCUCGUCAUGCACACACAUGCCUCUUGCCUCCUUGCAAUCUACACUUUCGUGAACACCACAUUUCUUUGCAUCGCGGACAUCGAGGGAAGUCAAAUCCACUCUUGUGACAUGUAGAACAAACAGUUCGGCUGGACAGCUUUGAAGCGGACUCAACAGCUUCUAGAAUAGGGUGGAGUUUGUUACUACCCAGGUCGAUGGGCAAUCUGGAAGGCCCUGGGUCGGUGAGAAUAGCGGGUGAAUUUUUUGUAUAAAUCUCCACAAGACAUGAAUCAGAGGAAGAUGUCCGGCUGAUGGAAGGACGGGUAGCGGAUAGAGGUGAAUCGGGUGCAACAGAAGAGUCUGGGGUGUCGUAAUCAUAUACCGACGAGGAUCCCCUGAUAGGUAGCUUCCCUCGGCGACGUUCGUAUAAUAGAGAAAUGGAGACUUCUGGCAGAUUCAAGAAUGCAUAAGAACGCAGCCAUGAAGAUGCGGAUGGGGUGGUGGUGAAUGACCCGUAAGCACUGACUGUCCCUGGUACAGGUGAAGUUGCGGUCGCCGUGGACAGUUUUUGUACAUAUGCAGAGAGCACAGAUGACUGGGAGGAUGAUCUAGAAGAGCGCGAGCUACUCCGUUUAUGGAAUCGUAUGGGAAUGGAGAAACAGUUUGCAUU